AUAUGAUAAUCUGAACAGUCUGGCAGUACGGCUCGGCGCCGUCGGCACCAUGUGGGCUGCUGUCCUUAUCUUCUUCGCGCUAGUCUGCCAGUCCCUCUGUCUCACGGAGGAUGUCUCCACGCCGAAGCCCAAAAAAAUCCUGGACACCAUCAUGAACCCAGCAUACAUACCUGCUGAGGAGAAGCAUGGCUCUCACUGGCGGAAGUCAGCCGCUGCAGCGCUGAACGCUAAGCUCCAGGAGAAAAUUAACACGAACAAAGCAAAGAAUGGAAUCAUGUUUAUUGGUGAUGGCAUGUCGCUGGCAACUGUCAUGGCUGCCAGGACGUUUGGAGGGCAGCUGGAGCGAGGGUUAGGGGAAGAGAACGUGCUGGAUUUCGAGAAGUUUCCAGUCUGUGGAUUGGCUCGGACUUACUGCAUCGAUGCGCAAGUCGCGGACUCCGCUUGCACCGCGACCUCAUACUUGACUGGAGUGAAGACUAAGUACGGAGUCAUCGGGCUGGACGGCAACGUCACCAGGUCCUCAUGCUACUCCCAGCUUCACAAAGGCAACUGGGCGCCCUCCAUCGGCCAGUGGGCGUUAGAACAUGGCUUGGAUGUUGGUCUAGUGACAACAACCAGAGUAACACACGCGUCUCCCGCGGGAAUGUACGCGCAUACAUCUGAACGAAAUUGGGAGUCCGAUGUCGAUGUUCCUGAAGAGUGCCUGGCGUUGGGCUGCAGGGAUAUCGCGUAUCAACUUGUAAUGAACAACCCUGGAAGACAGUUUAAGGUCAUCAUGGGAGGCGGUAGGAGGGAGUUCCUGCCUAAUGUUACGGGAGUGGCGGGCGGGGCCGGCAAGCGUAUCGAUGGGGUCGACCUCACGGAGAUGUGGCAUGUGGACAAACAGGAGAAAAACGCUACGCACCAGUACGUCACAGAUCGAGUGGAACUUAUGAAGGUGUUCAACUCCGAUGAGCUGCCGGAAUACCUUCUCGGGCUGUUCCAAAACGACCACAUGGACUACCACCUGAAGGCGCAAAACCAGCCCACCCUCGAGGAGAUGGUGGAGGUGGCCAUCAAGAUGCUCAGCAGAAGCCCCAAUGGAUACUUCCUAUUUGUCGAAGGUGGCAGAAUAGACCAUGCACACCACGACAGCCUUGCCCAUUUGGCCCUGGACGAAACCGUGGAAUACGCGAAAGCUGUCAAAAAAGCAAAAUCAAUAACUGACGAAGAAGACACGCUCAUUGUCGUCAGUUCUGACCACGCGCAUACAAUGACAGUCGCUGGCUACCCGUCAAGGGGAAAUGACAUCUUGGGCACGGUGGAUACAGCGAAAGGGGGAGAUGGGAAACCAUACACAACUAUCAGUUACGCGAAUGGCAAAGCAGCGUCAAUCUCCCCUGAUGGCACUCGAGUAGAUGUUACUUUACACGAUCAAUUUGUGUCUCGUGACCUGAACUACGCGUACCCGAGUCUUGUGCCACUUGACUCAGAGACUCACGGUGGUGAAGACGUGGCGGUGUACGCUGUAGGACCCUGGCAGCAUCUCUUCACGGCGAGCUACGAGCAAAGCCUCGUGCCGCACAUGAUGGCGUACGCCAUGUGCCUGACUGAUGACCAACACGCCAACUGCAGGCCAAAAACGCGAUACGUCAGGACUUCUAGUGCUCCUAGUGUAAAACCUAAAACCUUAUGGUUAGAUCAUGCAAGAGCGAUCAAGCCUAGAAAAUGCAGGGAACACCCACAUUAAAGCAGGAGCGUCACACAUAUAUUCAAUAGUCAUAUGGUUGUAUUUAUUGUAAUGUAAUGUUUUCCUGGAUCAUUAGUAGGUUCAGUAAUUAGGUUACUAGUUGUAUAAUGUCAUGUCUACCUCAGUACAAAAUAGCUUAUAAGUUCAUUUUAUGAAGUAAAUAUUCAACGGGUGUAUUAUAAGAAUUAAUUAAAAUAAUUUAUGCAUU